CCAGCGGAGCUGCGGCUGCAGGCAGGCAGAGCCUCCUAGCCCGUCGGUGUCUGCGCCCAUCGAUCCCUUUGUCUAUCCCCGACCAUGGCGAAGCUGAUUUCGCUCACCCUCUUGGGGAUGGGACUGGCACUCUUCAGGAACCACCAGUCUUCUUACCAAACACGACUUAAUGCUCUCCGAGAGGUACAACCCAUAGAACUUCCUAACUGUAAUUUAGUUAAAGGAAUCGAAACUGGCUCUGAAGACUUGGAGAUACUGCCUAAUGGACUGGCUUUCAUUAGCUCUGGAUUAAAAUAUCCUGGAAUAAAGAGCUUCAACCCCAACAGUCCUGGAAAAAUACUUCUGAUGGACCUGAAUGAAGAAGAUCCAACAGUGUUGGAAUUGGGGAUCACUGGAAGUAAAUUUGAUUUAUCUUCAUUUAACCCUCAUGGGAUUAGCACAUUCACAGAUGAAGAUAAUGCCAUGUACCUCCUGGUGGUGAACCAUCCAGAUGCCAAGUCCACAGUGGAGUUAUUUAAAUUUCAAGAAGAAGAAAAAUCGCUUUUGCAUCUGAAAACCAUCAGACAUAAACUUCUGCCUAAUUUGAAUGAUAUUGUUGCUGUGGGACCUGAGCACUUUUAUGCCACAAAUGAUCACUAUUUUCUUGACUCCUACUUACGAUCCUGGGAGGUGUAUUUGGGUUUAGCAUGGUCGUAUGUUGUUUACUAUAGUCCAAGUGAAGUUCGAGUAGUGGCAGAAGGAUUUGAUUUUGCUAAUGGAAUCAACAUUUCACCUGAUGGCAAGUAUGUCUAUAUAGCUGAAUUGCUGGCUCAUAAGAUUCAUGUGUAUGAAAAGCAUGCUAAUUGGACUUUAACUCCAUUGAAGUCCCUCGACUUUAAUACCCUCGUGGAUAACAUAUCUGUGGAUCCUGAGACAGGAGACCUUUGGGUCGGAUGCCAUCCCAAUGGCAUGAAAAUCUUCUUCUAUGACUCAGAGAAUCCUCCUGCAUCAGAGGUGCUUCGAAUCCAGAACAUUCUAACAGAAGAACCUAAAGUGACACAGGUUUAUGCAGAAAAUGGCACAGUGUUGCAAGGCAGUACAGUUGCCUCUGUGUACAAAGGGAAACUGCUGAUUGGCACAGUGUUUCACAAAGCUCUUUACUGUGAGCUCUAACAGACUGAUUUGCACCCAUGCCAUAGAAACUGAGGCCAUUAUUUCAACCGCUUGCCAUAUUCCAAGGACCCAGUGUUCUUAGCUGAACAAUGAAUGCUUACCCUAAAUGUGGACAUCAUGAAGCAUCAAAGCACUGUUUAACUGGGAGCGAUAUGAUGUGUAGGGCUUUUUUUUGAGAAUACACUAUCAAAUCAGUCUUGGAA